GCCCCUUGGAGUUGGUCAGAUCAGACUAGAACCUUCGCCUGUACAGACCUAAAUUUCGUGUCUCUCAACCUGCCACAGCACCGGUUCCAAUCCCAAACCUCCGUUCAGUUAUGUUUCUGCCCAAAAGUUCCUCGGUACUUCGCCCGCAGUUCCUCAAUGGGGUGAAGACACUAGUUCAGUCCCAGUUUCAGGCUUUGUCACAGAUCGACCGACGCUUUGCCCACUCCGACGACAGGUGCGCCAACAAGAAAACCAGAAAGUGCGAACAGAGUCCACCCAAGGGUGUGGGGUUGCCCCCAGGACGACGACACUCUCACACGGAUGAUAAGUGCGCGAAGAAGCAAAAGAACGAGCGAAAGUGCGAGAAGUUCGUCUCCCAGAACGCCAAAAAGCCGGAAUGCAAGCCGCCCCACGUCCACGUGCCCAAAUUCUACAGGCAGCUGAAUCCCUGCAAGACGGACAAGGAGCUAUCGGAGCUGCAUCCCAAGUACCUGGGUGUGUGGGGUCGCUGCGACAUCCCCUACAAGCCGGAGCCCGAGUGCCUGGAUCCCUGUGACUUGGCCGAGCGCUUGGAUGACAAGUACUACAAGCCCAGCAAAUCCCUGGACCGCCAGUUCGACCAGUACUGGGUGGAGUGCUUCUUCCGCAAACAGAAGCGCUGCUGCCGCAAAGUUGCACCUGAGCGCACCUACCGCGUGAUACGCAAUAAGUGCGCUGCCGCUCCCAAGAAGACCAACUGUUUCACCGUGAAUCCCAUGCCCUGCAAGCAGGAGGCCAAGGUCGGCCCCUGUCCCAAGAUGAAGCUCUGCGAGUGUCCGACGGCAACGGCCGAAAUCAAUUGCAAGCUGGUGCGAAGACACACCAGAUGCCGCCGUCGCGCCUGUCAGUAUCCCAGCUUCUCGGAGUGCCAGCACGAGGAGCUGAACACCUCCAGACCCAUAGAGUGCCGCUGCCUGGAGGUGCCUCCCACUUGCCUCGUCUACCGCCACGCCCUCCUCGACCGUCGACUUCCCUGUGAGCCGCUGAAGCCGCGUGGCUCGUGUUAAAGGAGGUGGACUUUGGAUUAGGACACCCACUCGUGGUGCUUCAACCAUAGGCAGAUAAAUUAAUAGUGCUAAUAAAAGAUGCGAAAUUUUUGGUGAAAUAAAUGUUGCCCUAUGAUCACUUUAAAAA